AUGGAUAAAAAACUCUUCACGUGCAUUCGUAACAAAAAUGAAUUACUUUAUGCUUCAUAUCAAGAAGUUUUAGUCGAUAUUGGUGAGUCUGGUAACUUGGAUCAGCUUUCAGUUGGAGUGGUGAUAACGAAAUUACUGAAAGUGGUUUUCUGCGGUCCAUUGUUUAUGGCUUUUCUUGGUGUCGGCUUUGGUUUAGGAGUUUUAGGUGAUGUUUUUUAUAAUGUAAGUAUGGAUUCAGAGGCACAACUACAUAUGCUUGAUCGCCAGCGGAAUAUUCUUACUCAUCUCGAAUUUCUGAAGAAAUUCUUAGGUACUAUGGGGCAUCAAAUAGAAACUAAAAUGAUCGAAUGGAUUGAUAAUGAACAUAAAAAGUUCCGAAACAAAGUGAAUGGCUACUACAAAGUUGUUUGUCGUACACUUGAACACCGUGGUCAUGCGUAUGAGUUGGCACGAUCGUUUGCGCCACAAUUAGCGCGCAUUGAAUGUCGCUCAGAAGCUAGUCUUAAUUUAGCUGCACAUCAUGGAUCUUCUCCUAUUAUUGAUGAACAAAUCGUUUUAGGCACUGGAGGCUUUUUCACCGUUCAUCCAGCAUCGUGGGAGAAUGAAAAUGAGUUAGUCGCCAAAAAAUUACGAGAUCAUAUCACAAAUCAAGAUUUUUCGUAUCUCGAAGCACAUUUUCAUCGAACCAUAACCAAACUCAACAUUCCAUAUAUGGUCCACUUGAAAUAUCUCUACGAAGGAAAUAGUUCAGCACUGUAUCUACUUUUGCCUCGUUAUGAAAGCGAUCUACAUUCAUUCCUUCAAGAUAAUAUGAACAAAAUAACAGCAGACAAAGCCAUACGGAUUUCGCAUGACAUUGCAAGUGUUAUUGCAUAUAUGCAUGCUCAUGAUCUUGUUCAUCGUGACAUCAAAGUUCAGAAUAUUCUCGUGGACAAGCAUGAAAAAGUCUAUCUUGCUGAUUUCGUACCAUCAUCUAGUAGUGCAAGUUCACAUAGUAGUCACCAAUAUUCGUACGAAGGCACAGAAGUUGACGUUUAUUUACUUGGUUUACUUAUGUAUGCUUGUGCUCCGAAAGACAGUUAUAUUGCACCGUGUGACAAUACUUCUGAGCAACUACAUUUACUUGACAGACGAAGAGUACCUGAACGCUAUUGCCAAUUGAUUGCUCGUUGUCUGAACAAAGAAUCGAAACAACGGCCAUCCGCGAAAGAGAUUGUGACUGAACUCGAUGCAAUAGAUGGGAAACUGUGUAUUAUAUGUGAGGAUGCACUACAUUUUGUACGGCUCCACCCUUGUGGUCAUAAGGUGGUAUGUUUUGAAUGUCUUGAACAACUUCGUCGAAAUUUUACCAACAUACAAUGUAUUAUCUGCAAACAAGCAUUCACAGAUAUACGAGAAGACAAUGAUUCUAGUACAUUUAUUCAACUUCAUUGA